GUUUGGCCUGGUUCCCAAGUAAAAUGAAUACUGAGUAUUAUGAGGUUGCAGAUGGCAUUCCUCACUAUGGAAUAUUCCGGCUGAAAAGCACCCAGUCGUGCAAAAAUGGGAGGACUAGAACAAUAAACAGAUGUAAAACUGCCUGCAAUAUGUUUCUAGAUGAUGACAUCAGAGAUGAUGUUGCAUGUCUGAAAAGAGUGGUUAGAAACAAACUGGAAUCUUGGCCACACUUUAAGAAGUACUGUAACAGAAACCGAAUCGGCUACAUUUUUGCGCAGUGCACUUAUUUCUUCCAAAGGGAGGAAUGGUUCCUCUCAUUAACCAAGUCGAAAUGGCCACAUCCAUUACAUUUACAGGUUGAUAAAUGAUGCCCAAUC